AUGUCCACACUCGAAGAUCUCGACGAUCUUGAGCGCGAGGAUCAGAGCAAGAAGCAGCAGCAGCAGGGCGGUGGCGGCAACGGCGACGACAAAAAGCCCAGUGGUGACGGCGACGCCGAAAUGCAAGAUGCAGAACCCAAGAAGGAUGAAGUUGAUGAACUUCUAGAUGCAGAACUAGUUGGUGCAAGCACAGAUGACAUCAAGAAACGACGACGGCUACUAGAAAACGAGCUACGGAUCAUGAAAAGCGAGUUUCAGCGGUUGACGCAUGAGCAGAAUACCAUGAGAGAUAAGGUUAAGGAUAACCAAGAGAAGAUAGAGAAUAACAGGCAAUUACCAUACCUUGUCGGAAAUGUUGUUGAGCUCCUGGAUCUUGAUGUAGAAGCAGAAGCUGCCGAAGAAGGAGCCAAUAUCGAUCUAGAUGCUACUCGAGUUGGAAAGUCUGCCGUUAUCAAGACAUCAACCCGUCAAACCAUUUUCCUGCCACUCAUCGGUCUAGUUGAUCACGAGAAACUCAAGCCGGGCGAUCUCAUUGGAGUGAACAAAGAUUCAUAUUUGGUUCUCGAUACUUUACCGGCUGAAUAUGAUAGCCGAGUCAAAGCUAUGGAGGUAGAUGAGAAGCCUACGGAGAAGUACACCGAUGUGGGUGGGUUGAGCAAACAAAUCGAAGAGCUGGUAGAGGCCGUUGUGUGGCCGAUGCAAGAAGCGGAGAAGUUCAAGAAGAUUGGUAUCAAGGCGCCAAAGGGCGCGUUGAUGUACGGACCACCUGGUACUGGUAAGACGUUGCUAGCUCGUGCAUGCGCUGCUCAAACGAAUGCGACUUUCCUCAAGCUCGCCGGUCCCCAACUGGUGCAAAUGUUUAUCGGUGAUGGAGCGAAGCUUGUCCGAGACUGUUUCGCUCUAGCAAAGGAAAAGGCCCCAUCAAUCAUCUUCAUUGACGAACUCGAUGCCGUCGGUACAAAACGAUUCGACUCGGAGAAAUCAGGAGACCGUGAAGUCCAGCGAACCAUGCUUGAACUUCUCAAUCAACUAGACGGCUUUGCUUCCGAUGACCGCGUCAAGGUCCUUGCAGCUACGAACCGAGUCGACGUUCUAGAUCCAGCCCUCCUCCGAUCUGGCCGACUAGACCGAAAGAUCGAAUUUCCGCUCCCCAACGAAGAAGCCCGAGCACAAAUUCUUCAAAUUCACUCGCGCAAAAUGACCACAGACGACGGCGUCAACUGGGCUGAACUGGCUCGCAGCACAGACGAAUUUGGAGGCGCCAUGCUGAAAGCCGUCUGCGUUGAGGCUGGUAUGAUUGCGCUGAGAAAGGGGAUGAACAAGGUCAACCAUGAGCAUUAUGUCGAUGCUAUUGCAGAGGUUCAAUCAAAGAAGAAGGAUACAAACAUGGGCAUUUACGUUUAG